UCCGGGGCUUACCGGCUUCCACAUUACAGUGAUGUUACCAGCCUGCUGUGCCCGCUGCGGUUGAUACUCCGUGCUUACCGCCGGCAAUACACCUUGUCUUGCCUCCACUUAGGAGGUAUGACAAAUCGCUAAUGAAGAUGAGGAAAAGAAGAACACGGGAAUAACUGUGUAAACAGUAUUUUGUAAUCUGCCGCUAUGUUUUGAAUGAAAAAUGAUUUCUCAAGAAAUUAUAGAUUUGGAUAGAUUUUGUCGUUUGUGUCUGAGCGAGGAACAUGUCACAAGUCACUUAUUUGACAACCCUCAUGAUGACGCUAAUGAUUCCCUAUGUCAAAAAGUGAUAACCUGUCUUUCCGUGAAGAUAACGAGGGGUGAUGGCCUACCAGCUAUGCUCUGUCAAACGUGUGUUCAGCAUAUCAAUACUCUUUGCUAUUUUAAAGAAUUAAGUAAAUUUGUAGAUACUACCCUACGACAUAAACUUCUGAACAACAAAAAGCUUUCAAAUAAUGAUUGGGAGAAAGAAAUAAAGUUAAUUGUAGAAGAUACUAAAGCUCUGAAAGCAUCAAAGCCCAAUCUCAUAGAAUCAUGUAGUACUGCUUCCUCUAAACCUACACCAUUGAAGAUUGAAAGUGAUUGCAAUUAUAGGUCUGAUGCUGACUGUGAAAUUUCCCUUCCAAAUGCUAUUUCAUCAUUGUCUGAUCAAGAGUCCAUCAAAUCUAACAGUGAUAUUGAGGAGGAAGAGCAGACUGUAGAGAGUCCCUCUCUAAAGAAAAAGAAAAGGUUUGAGUAUACUUGUGAAUUUUGUGGCCGAACGUUUCCUAGAUCAAAUCAUUUGGCACAGCAUGAACUUACUCACGUUGCAGAGAAGCCUUUCCACUGUUCAGAAUGUGAUAAGAGUUUUUGGUAUAAGCAAUCUCUUAUCGGCCACAUCAAACAGACACAUACCGGUGAUGUAGAUUACAAAUGUGAGCUUUGUGGAAAGGGAUUUUUUAAGAAGACUGAGUUGACUCGUCACAGGCCAACACAUUCAAAUGAAACCCCACACAAGUGUCCUCAAUGUGGAAUGGGUUUUAAAAUUACCAAAACAUUAAAAAGGCACAUACGGAAUGUUCACACAGCGCAGCGGUCAUAUACCUGUCAUAUGUGUGGCAAAAGUUUCAUCCAAGCCCAAACAUUAAAGGUGCAUAUGGUUUUACAUUCAGGAGUAAAGCCAUAUACUUGUUCUUAUUGUGGAAAGGGUUUUGCUCAAUCAGCUCCCCUGAAGACCCACAUUCGAAUACACACUGGUGAGAAACCAUUUUCUUGUCAUGUAUGUGGAGAUUGCUUCUCAACACGAUCUGCAUUAAAUUCUCAUGCUUUUAAACAUAGUGAUAACUUCCCUUACCAUUGUACACGCUGUUCUGAAACAUUUCGGUUAAAAAGGGAUCUCAUCCAACAUGAACAAGGUCAUGAUGACCAUGAGAGUUUUUCCCAAAAUUCCAUUAAGCAAGAUCUAAAUGGGUCAUUUUGUGAGAGCCAAGAGUCCAGUACAAUGGCUUCAGCAACAUUGCAUAAUUUAACAUUUAGUCAAGAUGAAGAUGAGCAAGAUGGUACUGCCCUUAAAAAUAAAAGCUGUUGAAUCACCUCUGGAAAAGAUAUCUCAGCAAUGCUGCUUGGUUUAUAAAUAUUUGGUUGAUAGCAAACUAUACUAAAAAGUAGUAUUAUACUGUUCGCACUAUGCAACAUGACAAGUUUCAGAUCCAAAAAGUUUGUGGAACAGGUUGCUGCCCACCUAAUGGACACAAGAUAGCAUUGCUUAAAGCAAGACUAAGAGAAUUAACAAAUUUGAUUUUUUAAUUUAAAAAAAAAAUGAAAUAACAGUGAAAUGAACAAUGCCAAAAUAUGUAAACCAUCUCAACCAAAAAUGCAUUACAUCCAACUAGUACUAUACCAUGUUUAUAUGAAAAUGAUGUUCAUAUUGUACGAAAAAUUGAGUUGGGUAGACAUUUUCUUGAAGCAACAAAUAAAACUUUCUUUAAAUAAA